UGUCUGGCGGGUUGAGGCCGAGUCAGGUAGAGCAGUGAGCAGAGUAAGUUGAACUUGAAUAUGACGGACCAGCCGUAUUCUGAGGGAAGAGACGAUCUCGAUGGUCCCUCCAAGCUAGGUGCUUCUACGGCGAGAGCCGGCAGUCGGCAGUAUUAGUGAAGGGGCAAAGAGUGUGUGUGUGUGAGGCGAGAGGACGGGCGAAGGAGAGCAAGCUGAAUCAAGCGUUCGAGGCAGCGAGAGCGCGACCGAAUCAACCUUUCUAGACAACCAUAGACGAGGAGAGAGAACAGGGGUUCGGUGCGAGGGAGCCCAUCGCGAGCAGCACUGUACUUUAAAGGCAACCAGCUCACUGCCUAGCGACGGAUAGAGCAGAUGAACACACGCAAUAGGUCAAUCGACCUGCUCGACCAUCCUGCCAGUGGUGACUCUGGACAAUGGAAGCAACGCCUCACCGCUUCCUCUUUCUCCUCCUCCUCGAGUCGUGAAUUGAAUGGAGAAGGCAAUGCUGCGCAAUCGCGGCUGAACGACAAGGGAAGCCGCAGUCAGAGUCGCCUUGCAGCAGCCAUGAUGAGUCACGAGUAUAUACAUGGAGCGCCGGAUGUUGGCGGCGCGGUGUGGCUCGACGCUGGGCAACGCGCCUGCUCCAUUGGUUGAUUCUCCUUUGUCCUUGACCAUGGCACCGCGCGCCCACGGCACCCGAAGUAGCGGUACCGCGGCGAGCGUAUGCUUGCCGAUGCAGCUACAUCCAGCCAGCAGCUUUUGAUCCACAGCCGUGAGCUUUGCAUACGCUGUUGUCCUAUUGACGGUGUGAGCUGGCCAAACCGAUCAAAUGGUUUGGUGCUAGUAUGCAUGCUACAGACUUGACGCUUGAUUUUAAUUGGCUGCCGCCUGGUGGGUAUGAG